CCACGCCCUUCCAGAGAGAGCGGUCUGGCUGCUUCCCUCUCACCUUCACUCCAUUGCAGCCUCACCGCCUGCGGAAACGCGCCGACCACGCUAUCACGAUCCAAGUCUUUCACCAUCCAGCUCUCUCGUCACUUCACCAUAGAGCUUCCGCUCUCAUAACGGACAGAUCCUUCUUCCACUCCAUCUCACUCCAUCUCUUCGUCCAUCCACUCUAUCCCACCUCACAACUUCACACAACCAGCACCACAGCUAGCCACCACAACCAGCUAUCCACAAGCACACCAUGCCACCCAAGAAAUCCACCACCGCGCCCUCGGCCACGGGUAGCGAGACCAAGUUCAGCUGGACGGCCGAAAACGACCGCACCCUGCUGCUGCUGGCGCUGGGCCGCGCGAUCGGAACGGGGGACUACGAGCAGUUCGUGGGAGCGCUGCCUUGCGCAGGCUACCAAGGCGUCCGCCAACGCAUCACCAAGCUGCGCGCCGAGCAGAAGAAGAUCUACGAGGAGCACGGGUGGGAGCUCACGGCCGAGGCGAGCGCGAAGGGGAAGGCGGCUGCGAAGGCCGGGAAGGGCGCGAAGACGGAGGGCAAGGCGAAGACGGGGGGCAAGGCGAAUGUGGGACGGAAGAAGAAGGGCACCGCCGCCGCCGCCGCCGCCGAGAACAAGGACGAGAACCAGGCCGAGAACGAGGAUGAGGUCAAGGCUGAGGUCAAGGCUGAGGUCAAGGCUGAGGUCAAGGCCGAAGACGAAGAUGAAGUCGCCUCCGCCUCCCCUUCCGCCUCCGCCGACGAGAAGCCCCAGCCCCAGCCCAAGACCAAGCCCACGCCCAAGCUCAAGUCCUACAUCGGCUCCAAAGCCACUCCAUCGCGCAAGCGCAAGGCCAGCUCCGAUCCCGAUGCCGACGCCGACAACGAUGGCACUUCGACAGCGACCGCGGCGAAGGCGGUGGCGAAGGCGAAGAAGCCGCGUGCCGCGAAGACGGGGGUGAAGAGUGAGGAGAAGAGUGAUGAAGGUGUUGAGGAGAAGAGCGAUGAGGCUGUUGAGGAGGCUGAUGAGGAGGGCGAGGGCGAGGGCGAAGACCAGGGCGAAGACCAGGGCGAAGACCAGGCCGAGGCCAAGGGUGCGGUGAAGCAGGAGCCCGACCGCGAGGAGGAGGUGUGAUGUUCUCGCCCGCACUUUCCUCGCCCGCAUGCAGUGAGGUAUGGGCGCGUUUUGUGGACAUACAGGCAGACGGAUGGAUGGACGGACAGACAGACGGCGGACUUCAGCGUUGGCAGUAGCUUUGAGAUUGAGACUGAGAUUAGAGGUGGAAAGGGACUUGAGCGCGGAAGGACCGGCGUGCCACCUCGGAGCUAAGCGAUGCAAUGCAAUGCCAUGCCAUGCAGUCUCUAUACCUACAUACCAGAUACCCAUUUACCUCCGCAUAAACCCCCCCCCCCC